AUGGCGGCAUCAGAUGAUACCCUGUAUCUCUACACCUCUCUCACAGCCGGUUCUUCACAUAUCAUAACUGCCACCUCCCGUCUGGAAACCAUAUUGAAGGCCAACAAGAUCCCCUUCCGAGCGGUCGAUGUCGCUACUGAUGAAAAGGCACGUAUGCUUUGGGGGAGAAGAUCAAAGGGUAGAAAACUCCCAGGCUUGGUCAAGUUCGGCACCAUCGUUGGAGACAUAGAACAGAUUGAAGAAUGGAACGAGUACGGUGAACUCAAAGAGCAGAUUGCUGGAGCGGACGAAUUUGGUACUCUAGGUGCGAGCACACUUGGUGCCAAUCUGACUCCUGGCCCAACUGCCACUACCGCCGCCGCCGACACCACUACCUCUACCCCUCAGCGCUCUGGUCCACCAUCCCGUGCAUCCUCUGAGACACGUCACAUAUCUAUUACAGAGCCCAACAAAGAUAAAGAGAAGGACACCGGUUCGCAGAAGACCACAGACUCACCGGGCAACCAGAUCCUCCGCCAACUGGGCGCUGAAGCUGCGGCAAAGGCAGCUCAAAAGAAAACAGCGGCAACCUCAGCAGCAAAGGCACCGGCCAAGGUCCCUUCUACAUCCGAAGCAACCCCAACCGCAGCAGCUACAAAGCUGUCUGCAGACGCUGCAGUGGAAUCUUCGAAUACAGUUACAGAAGCCACUGCGGCCAAGACUCCCAUACAGCUGGCAACCGAGGGCGCAAAGAGGACAAGCAUAGAUAAAAUCGCGGAAUCCGAGCCCACUGCCACUUCUCCUACGUCCCCGUCUGCAACACAAGCGGAAAGUGGUGAAGCGGCGUCGACCGAGGCUCAAGUCUUGGAAACCAGACGGACGAGUAGCAUUACAAAGAUCAAGUCCAGAUUAAGCGAAACCACACAGGCUGGAGAGAGCGAUACUGUGUUUAGUGAUAAAGGAAGCAAGUCCGCAGUGGAAGAAUCCGAGGUCAGUCCAACAGUCCCACCGGCCGCGAGAAAACACCGCGGUAGUGAUAUUGGUGAAGCCACGCCAGAAGAGAUCAGAGCCUUGGAGAAGAAGCUUUCGAUACUGGAGGAAGAUGAAGAUGAUGACGACGAAGGCGAGGACGAGGACCACGACGACGACGAUGACGACGAGAAGGUAAAGGACGCUAAGCCGGCUGUCGUGAGCUCGACGGACAAGGCUGAGGCAGAAGCCACCAAAAGCGCAGAUGUCGAGAAAGGGGACCCUAAGGACGCCAGCAAGGCAGGUGUCAGUGUCGGUGAUUGA